AUGGGCAGCAGGCCCUCAUAUAUCUGGAGAAGCAUAAUGGAUGCUAGAGAAAUUUUAAAAAGAGGCACCAGAUGGAGAGUAGGAAAUGGUGAAACUAUUAAAGUCUGGAAGGAUAAGUGGGUUCCAAACCUUCCAUAUGCUAAAAUUAUGAGUCCAGUGAGGUUACUGAGCCCGAUGGCUUUGGAGGAAGAGAAUAUUAUCCAUGCCAUUUGGAACUACCCUGCUGCUCAAGACGUAUGGCACCAAUGCUCAACUAAACUUCAAAAAUGUCACUCCCCCAAACCCUCAAUCAAGAACCUCAUUACAGAGCUGGAGGAUUCAGGAGGCAAGGAAGUGAUUGAAGAAUUUGCUGUGGUAGCUAGAAGAAUUUGGAUGAGGAGAAACCAAUUCAUAUUCCAACAAGAGUUUAGAAGCCCCAAUUCAGUAGCUAAGCUGGCCAAGGAAAUUCUGUAUGAAUUAAACUCUACCACUCUUAAUGAGUCAGUUCAGCAACUCUCAAUACAGAACAGGCCUAAUUGGAGCCCACCCCCUGAAAACACUUUUAAACUCAACUGGGAUGCUGCGGUUGAUAGAAUUCAGUGCAAAAUUGGGAUAGGCCUAAUCAUCAGGGAUUGGAAUGGGAGGGUUGUGGCAACUUCAGGAAAAUAUAGACCACUAUUCCCUGACCCUUUGUUGGCAGAGGCUAUGGGAGCCAUGGAAGCUACUUGUUUUGGCCUACAACUGGGAAUUACAAGGAUCAUACUUGAGGGCGACUCUAAGAUAGUCAUCUCAGCAAUCAACAUCAGAAAGGAGGAAGUGUCAGCUACGGGUAUGCUCAUAGAAGAUUUCAAGAAUCAAUUAAAUAGCUAUGAAGAGUGGUCAAUUUUACAUGUUAGAAGGGAAGGUAAUCAAGCUGCUCAUAAGCUUGCUAGGGAUGCUCUCUUACAUUCCAACUCUUCUAUUGAUAUGGGAAUUAUUCCCCAUUGUAUUCAUGACUGUUGCUGA